UUCCAGGAGAUGGAGGUAGUCAACUCCAGGCCCGUAUUAACAAGUCAACAGUACCACACUUGUGGUGUGAAAAAACUUCAAGUUCCUGGUUUGACUUGUGGCUUAGCAUAGAGUCAAUGUUGCCAGGAGCUAUUGGAUGUUGGGCAGACAACAUAAGGCUUGCCUUUAAUGAAACAUCUCAAAGGAUGGGCAAUGCACCUGGAGUUGAGGUAAAAGUUCCAUAUUUUGGAACAACCAAAGGUGUUUCCUAUUUGGAUCCUUCUCUGUAUCAUCCAGGAGAGUAUUUUGCUGAAAUGGUGGCUGCUCUGGAAAACAUUGGAUUUGAGGAGAAUAUAUCACUGCGAGCUGCACCAUUUGACUUCAGAUAUGCACCAAAUUCUGCUCUGGAAUACUUUGCCAACUUGAAAGCUCUAAUAGAAGACACAUACUUAAAAAACAAUAAGACACAAAUUGUUUUGCUGUCUCACAGCUUGGGAUGUCCGUAUACUCAUCACUUUCUCUACAACAUGUCUCAGGAAUGGAAGGACACACACAUAAGGGCUUGGGUAACUAUUGCUGGGGCAUGGGCUGGUUCAGCCAAGCUAAUGCGUAUAUAUGCUUCAGGAACCAACCUUGGUUUUCCAGAUGUUGUUCUUGAGCCACUGAACCUCAGGCCAGUUUUACGAACCUAUGAGAGCUCUGCAUUUUUGAUGCCCAGUAAAGAUUUUUGGUCUGCAGAGGAGGUCAUUGUUCAAACAGCCAAUCUAAACUACUCAUUAGGAAACUUAGAGAAAUUUUUUCAUGACAUUCACUAUCCAGAUGCCAUUAACAUAAGUCGACAGGUUCCACCUGUCUGGAUCAAUGACCCACCCAAUGUACCUUUGUAUUGCCUGUAUGGCACAGGAGUACCAACACCUGAAAAGUUUGUUUAUGGAGCAGAUGAGUUUCCUGAUACAUUUCCUAAGACAUUGUUUGGAGAUGGAGAUGGGACUGUAAACAUUCGCAGCCUAAAGGCUUGUCAGAGCUUUGUGGGUAAACAGAAACAGAAAGUAGUUACUAAGUCAUUUUCAAAUGCAGACCACAUGGGUAUCAUUGGUGACAUAAGGGUGAUUGAAUUUGUGAAGAAUCUCAUUAGUUCAUUGGAUUGAUCGUGCAAUUGGUUUUCUUUUUAUCUGAGAUUUUCCUGUGCUGUCAACACAAACAUGUGCAUGAUCUGUAUAUAUUUUAGCGAAAUUUAAGUUAUUGCAAAUACUUGCCGAGAUAUGCCAAAGCCCUUAUGGAAAUAGUGUAUCUCUCCACAAGUACUUUACAAGGCCUUUUUACAAAACGGUAGCCUUAUAACGAAAAUUUGUUGUAACACUUAAAUAGAAACAUCUUUCAUGUUUAUAUUUAUCGCCAAUAUUAAAAGGUGAAGGUGUCUUGAAAACGAUGAUCUACAAGUGGCUCCGAAGUACUUUUAAGCUCUUUCAACAUGACCAAGUCUUCAAGGUUUUGCAGUGAGAAAAAAUUCGGUGUUGGUUUUUCAGUCCUGUUGGAGAGCGUUUGUAGUGGAAACAUUGUCAACUCUUUUCAAGUUUCUCAUUAUGCGUUAAAUGCAAUAUUGUUCCAGAUUGCAUUUAAGGUAUAGGGAAAUAUGUUUUAGAAUUAUUGAAUACAAUCUAACCUAGCAAAAACAGCAUUAUCGUUUCAUCCAUAGUUUCUUUACUGCACUUAUCAUUAUUUCCUAGUUAAAUUUUUUUUUUACAUUACGCUCUAAUUACACUUUAUUUAGUGACAGCUAGUUUUGAGUGGUUAAGAAUUAAAAAUUUUUUUGGACGUUAUAAAAGUCGGAAAAAAAAACCUAUCACAGAGCAUUUUUCAGUGCUUGAUGAGUCUUGCAGGGGUGUCUUCAUUAUAACAGCGUGAAUCCUUUGUUUCCAAAUCUCCGUGUGGUUCUGCCAAUAACUAUUUUAAUUUCUCAACAUUUAUCGUGAAGUUACAACCAGUACUUUUUGCCUUUUUCUUUUCUUGCUUGAUUGAACCAGUGACACCCUAAUGAUAACAUCUUGAAGAGCUGCAUUAUCCCCUCAGUCAAACAACUUCUCAGCUCAAAUGCCAUACUUAAGUUAUUUGGUACCGUAGGACUGUUCGUCACAUAAAAGACAAUCUACGUACCUUACAACUGAUGGUCAAGUAUCCACUUAGCAAUACUUAACAAAAUUGACUGUUUUUCAAAACAGAGAUCGAUUGGACCGUGGAGGUAAAGUAUCGCCUUCUCUCGCAUCGUGGUUACAGUUAUUGAGUGGGUUUCCUUUACUGUCAGUUCUUCUUCCGUUCAAUUCAAUUUUAUAGAUACCCGAUGCCCCAACGAUGACAGGUCUCUUAGAUUCAGCGGAAUCAGUAUGUGAACCUCUUGCUGCGAAAAUCGACGAGCUGUAAAAUGUUUACACUAUUUUCCAAAAUUAAGUAGAAGUAACUUAAUUAGAGUUGAAAACUAACGCGCGCUCGUACUUGAGCGUGGGCGCAUUUCCUGUGCAGCGGAUUUUUUUCAUGCACUUUCCUUUUGGACGGAGCGUUGAAGUUAUUAAUAUUGUAAUUGACGUAAACACAUCGCUAGUCUAGCCUGCACAGCUGUUUAGUGCGUUACCUUGGAACCAGAUUCAGAGAAAUAACCUUUCACCGUCAAUAAUUUGAGUGGAUGAGUGAUAAGUUUUGAUCAGUGUAAAUAUCGAUCAAAAAUUUGUGUUGCGGGAUACUUUAAGUGUUAUCGCAGUUAUGUUACCAAGCAUGUUAAUGUUGUAUAGUUUUAGAGCUCUCGUAUAUGAACCAGAUCAUUCAAACUGCAAUUAUAGAUAGGAACAUAAAGGUUG